AACAAUAAUAUGUUUUACAGAGCAAAAAAGAAUUUGGUCAUGAAUUCGAUUGAGAUCAUCAAGAAUGCGAGUGAUAACAUCUUAACACCAUACUUCGCUUUUGCGAUCUGUGUUUGGGGCACAAUAUUUUUAGAGGUUUGGAAACGAAAGCAGGCGACACUCUCGUAUAAGUGGCAAGUUGACCAUUUUGACAUGGCUGAACCGGACCGUCCUCAGUUCUACGGGACAAAGGCCGAGGAGGACAGGUACACAGGAAAGUUGGUGUGGAUGUAUCCGAUGUCCUAUCGUAUGCUGAAGUACUCUGUGUCCACGUCUGUACUCUUAUUGAUGAUGUUUUUGGUUAUAAUUAGCGUCACUUCAGUCAUUCUUUAUCGGGUGUACAGCAAUAUCUCGUGGUGUGGAGAAGAUGCUAAAUGUAAAACAAUCCAUGGUACUGUAAUAGCCACUCUUCUGAAUACGAUUUCUAUAAUGAUACUCGGAUGG